GCACUGCUUAUUUACUUCCUCUCCAUUGACCAUGUCCGUCCUUUCCUCAUCCCUCCCUUCGUUAGAGAGUAUCUGCACUGCUUAUUUUAAAACGGACUUUUCCUCCCGCACUCUGGAACCGUUUGAAGCUUCUUCUGUUUUGCCUGGUUGUGGCUGUGAGUGAAUAUGGCAAGUGAACGUCAAGAUGUGGACAAAGAGUUUGAAGAGUGGAAAGAAAAACAUGGGAAGAAGUACAAAUCCAAGGAGGAGGAAGCCAAGCGCAAGAAGAUCUGGCUCGAGUGUAGGACCAGGGUCAUAGAACACAACAAGAAAUAUGACAGUGGAGAGUCAACCUUCGAAUGUGGCAUGAACCACAUGUCUGACUUGGAACAUCACGAGGUCUGCUGUGGUGGCAGGAGGAGCUGUCAGGAAGAGAAGAAUGAUAGUUAGAUCUCAAAGUUUGUCUUCCUGCUUUCUGACAUAGAAAUAACAUGAGGUCUGUCGCUGCUUGAUGAAUACGUAGGUCCAAAUGCUUGUUUUACAACAAGACGACAUUGUAAUAUGAAGGAAAUAUACAUAAAAUAAGAAAUAGACUACAAAACCUUUGAACUUUACACAUUUAAUUUACAGUAAAUAAAGUUGAAAGGCAGCUUUA